CUUCACACACGAUUUCACUUACGAAAACAUUGACGAGCUCCAAAUUUGAAAACAUUGGAGAGAGAGAUGAAGGAUAUUCAAAUCCCCAGGAAAAACUUCGCGCGCUCAUCCGAUCUCGGAGCUAAGAGAGUCAAGGAUCCAGAGAUGAAGAAUCGCAAGGUUGCGGAGAAGAGACAGAGCGCUACCUUUUCCGACGUUUCUUUUGAGAGCACGAAGGAUCCGAUCGAAUCUACUCCUAUCUCUCAGAUUUCUAGCGCGAUCUCUGAUUCCGAGGCUGAGAGUGUUAUCCAAGGAUCGAAGCUAGACUUCUCGUCAACGCCAGAGAUUUGCCUCCCGACUGAUGAUUCUACAGUUUCAACCAUUACUACUAGUGUGGAGGCUCGUAUUGACACUUCUUCGACUGAUCAGAUCCAUUCGAUUGUGGACUUGUCUGCUUCUGUGCAAUCCUUGCGUGCGGAGAUCAAUGAGCUUAAGAAAUUGAUCUGCUCAGUUGUCUCUUCUGAAGAAAGGAGCUGGGUCGAUAGAAUUGUUACUAUGAAAUUCCGCGUUGUGCUUUUGAGUUUCAUCAUUUGGGGUAUCUUAGCUGCGUUUGUGGUCUUCUUCAGCUCAGGAGAGAACGUUGAUUACUAUGGACCACUUCCAACAUGAAGGUUUGGCUAAUAUAUAUAACUGGGAACCGGGGACCUAAAACUCAACACUACUUCAGAAGCGCGAAGCAUGUUAAAGUUAGAAAAGAUCAUAUGAAAACAAUUCGUACACAGGUUAGUAAUUUCAUGUUUGCCUCAGAACAGCGUGUAGUUGAUAUUAAAUUUACCAAAAGACUAUUAAUCAUUUCAUAUUAGCAAUUCAAAGUAGACCGUUGAAAAAACAAUGAUUGAGCAUCAUCCGUUA